CCUGAUCCCGGUCCCGCUUUUCCCAUCGCAGGCACCGAGCCAUGAGGAGCUGGGGGGUGCUCGGGGGCGCAGCGGCGGCGCUGGCGGCCGGGAUUUAUGUCCUGUGGGGCCCCAUCACCGGCAGGAAACGGCGCCGGAGAGGGCUUGUUCCCGGCCUCCUGAACCUGGGCAACACGUGUUUCAUGAAUUCCCUGCUCCAGGGCUUGUCCUCCUGCCCCUCCUUCAUCAGGUGGCUGGAGGAGUUCACCACACAGUACAGGACAGAGCAGGAGAAAUCCCAGGAACAUCAUCAGUACCUGUCAGUGACUUUGCUGCAGCUCCUGAGAGUUUUAUCCUGCCAGGAGGUGACAGAGGAUGAUGUCCUGGAUGCCAGCUGCCUGCUGGAGGUGCUGAGGAUGAACAGGUGGCAGAUCUCCUCCUUUGAGGAGCAGGAUGCCCAUGAGCUUUUCCAUGUCCUGACCUCUUCCCUGGAGGAUGAACGGGAUCGGCAGCCCCGUGUGACCCAUCUGUUUGAUGUGCAUUCCCUGGAGCAACCAGAAAUAACCCAAAAGCAAAUAAGCUGCAGGACAAGAGGAUCUCUUCCCCCUGUGUCCAACCACUGGAAAUCUCAGCACCCUUUCCAUGGAAGGCUGACCAGCAACAUGGUCUGCAAACACUGUGAGCACCAGAGCCCUGUGAGGUUUGACACCUUUGACAGCCUCUCCCUGAGCAUUCCAGCAGCUGUGUGGGGUCGUCCCAUGACACUGGACCACUGCCUCCAUCACUUCAUCUCCUCAGAGUCUGUGAAGGAUGUUGUGUGUGACAACUGCACCAAAAUCCAGGCAGAAGGAAUUCUGAAUGGCCAGAGUGUAGAAAACAAGAGAACAACAUUUGUUAAGCAAUUAAAGUUAGGAAAGCUGCCCCAGUGUUUGUGCAUCCACCUGCAAAGGCUGAGCUGGUCAAACCAAGGCACUCCCCUGAAGAGACAUGAGCACGUCCAGUUCAGUGAGUUCCUGGUCAUGGACAUCUACAAAUAUCGGGUUCCUGGUCCCAAAUCCAGCCAGGAGCAGCUCAGCCAGAAAAAUCUGGAGGAGACAACCCCUGGAAUAAAGGAUGGGAGAACAGGGAAACCUUCAGAUGCAGAACAACCAGCUGGCACCAAACCCCUCUUCAUGAAUGGUGCCUCCUCUUCCUCAUUCCUAAUGUCCCCAGGAACUUUCCCACUUGCUGCAUUCUCUGAGUGCAGGGCCCCGCUGUACCUGUACCGCCUGAUGGCCGUGGUGGUGCACCACGGGGACAUGCACUCGGGCCACUUCGUCACCUUCCGGCGCGCUCCGGGCGCCCGCAGCAGCCAGUGGCUCUGGAUCUCGGAUGAAUCCGUGCGCAGGGCCAGCCUGCACGAGGUGCUGGCUGCCAGUGCCUACCUGCUGUUCUACGAGCGUGUGCACGGCCGGGCCCAGCCCCAGAGCCCAGCCCGGGACUGAGCCGGGAGCACCGGCCUCGUCCCCAGCUUCUCCCUUAUGCAAACCUCCCCCCUCUCUCCAGGCUCUCCUCCCCUGUGGUUAACAGCUGGGAGUUGUGCUUUGUGCCCGAAUCCUGCUGUUCCAGCGCCGGGUGUGUGUUGAGAAGUGUUUUUCUGCCUUGUCCCGAGGCUCUGUUCCGUGUCCUGACGCGACACUUUCCCAAGGAGAUGCUUUAUCCCACACAUUUCACUUCCCAAGGGGAGCCCUGGAAAGGGUUGAUGUCAGGCUGCUGUUGAAGAGCCUUUCCCCAUCCCAAUCCCUCCCCUGGCACCUCCCCAUUGUGCACCAGCUCCUCCAAGUUCCCUUCCCUGUGGCAAUGGCUGGGAAUUGUGUUUUGUACCUAAAUUCCCAUGGCUGUUCUGACAUGUGCUGGAGAAGCCUUUGUCGGGCAGGGGUUUUGUCCCCAAGGCUGUGUUCCUGAUGUUUGUGUGUUGAGAAGCCUUUGUCUGUCAGGCAGGGGUUUUAUCCCAAGGCUCUAUUCCCAACGUUUCCCAGUGGGGAGCCCUGGGAGGGGGCAAUGGGAAGCUGCUGUUGGCAAAGGCAAUGAUUUAAGACACAAAGUGCCUUGAGCUUCCCUGAACAGCUGCAUUGCCACUGGCCCAGCCCUCUGCAUGCCCACUGUGUCCUGGGAGUUUCUCACAACCACUGGGUGAACUCACAGAAUCACAUUUCUCCUGUCCUAUCAAGUCAAGGCAUCUCCACAAACAGCCCUGAUCCAAAAGAUUUCCCUGUUCACACUAUAUUCCUCCUACUUUACUUCUUUAUAAGUCCUUCUCCUGAUUUAAAUUGCUUUAUCCAGGAGAUAAUUUUGUAUCUAUUAAGAGCUGAAACCUUAAUUUAUUGCUCCAUACCUUUGGAAUAUAGCUGGUAUCAGCACAUGGAAGUGUUUGCUAGUGCUCAGUGUUGUCAUUUCCUUUAGCACUGUUGAAUCCAGUUGUUUUGUAGCAUCAACUACAACUUUUAAUGCUGUGAUUUCCAAGCUGCUGUAACUGUUCUAGACUUACCCUUCCCAUUUUACUGCUGGAAUCUGCUAUUCCCAGCAUUGGGAUCCACGCUUCUGGCUUGCAGCUGAGCUGUAGAGCAUCCCCUGGCCUUGUUAAAUGGAAUAUAAACAACAGGGCCAGGACUGGUGGGCACUUACUGGUCUCAUGAAGAAAUCUGAGAAUCCUGCAUCAGCUCCAGGCUGCCCUGUAAAUAGAAAUUAAGGGGGAUUCUGCUGCUCUAGAUUGUUUGAUGUGGGGAAAAAAAUUAAAAAUCCCAAAGCACAGAGGGAGAAGCAGCAAAAAUCCUCCUUUAAAAAUCUGCUUUUAAAUGACCAGGAAUAAAAUAUGUAGGUUGUUUUUAGCUGUUUUCUGUCCUUGUAAGCUUGGAGGAGAAGAAUCCUUCAUCAAACAAGCUUUUUUCAAUGUGAAAUUUUCAUAUAACAACUGUCUUAAAUAGGUUUUUUAGGGCAACUUUGUACCUCAUGAAUUCAUAGUGCUGCCCAAAGCUCGGGGGUGUUCACACUUCCUCAGGAGAGGCUCCAAACCAGCCAAAGCAGGAGUGGUAAAAUGAGUGGAUAUGCAAAAUUGUUUACACAACUCAUCAUUCCAGAGUCUGGAGCACAAUUCCUGGCCCAAGUAAUGUUCAUAGUACAUAAAUAUUGAUAAAUCCACUGGGACUGGGACUGGGACCUGGUUCCUGGCUGUGCUGCACGAGCAGUAGCUUGGUUUUAACCUGUUUUUAAGUUAUAGAAAACCAAGAAAGCAACAACAACAAAACCACACAAAAAAAACCAAACCAAAAACAAAUCCAAAAAAUAAAAAAACCCUGCAGGAUGCAAAAUGCCAAAAAUUUGCUCUGGCCAUUGAAGGGAGAGCUGACAGAGCUGGAGAGGGAGCCAGCCUUCCCUACUGGGAGCCAUCUAAAACCAUCACCCCAACAUCUCCCCCAGCAACUCAGCCCCUGCACUUCAGAACUGAAACCAUUUCCAGGGUCAGCAGUGGCUGUCCUGCAUUUUCCAAACUCAGUGCUUUGCUUGGGGGCUUCUCCUGGAUUUGGGAGUUCAGCUGAGCCCCCCACCUUGGCUUAGUUGUGCUGGAGGAGGGGCAGAGGACACGCACACUGUGGACUGAAAUCUGGCACCUGGGACAGGGACAAAGUCACCUCUUCUGCACAGCCAGCAAGUUUUUCUUUUGUCAAGAGCUGUGGAUUGAUUCUGGAUCUCCCUCAAGGGCUAUCAAGGGGAGGGUUGAGUCUUUUUUCUGGCUUUGCCUGGUGGGAGGAGUGGAUGGGCUUGGCUUAACCCUCAGGUGAGGAAUGGAGCAAAGCCCAGCACCUCAAUCCUGGCCCUGAGCUGUGCCAGAUCCUGCCAGGCCCCUGUGAGCUGGGGGAUCUGUGCAGGACUUUGGGAGCUCAUCCUCCACUCUUGGAGGUCACUGGGAUCUGUUUCCCAGCCAACCACACCUGUGGAGAUCACUGGAAUUUGUCCAGCCCUCUCCUUUGGAGGUCCCAGGGCUCUGUGUUUGCCAGGCAAGCUUUCCCUUUGGAGGUCAGUGGGAUCUGUCUUUUCAGAGGUCACAGAGCUCUGUGUUUUCCAGCCAAACCUCCCCUCUGGAGAUCACUGGGAUCUGUUUGCCAGCCUCCCCUCUCUGGGAGGGGCUCCAUGCAGCCACAAGGCUCAAAUACUGGUACUCGUCCCUCCAAAGCUGCCAUGGUAGAAAAGAUGUUAAUAAAUUGUAAAGAAUUAAGAGCUCCAAGAUAGCAUCUCCGUGUUUGGAUUAUUCUUGUCUUAUUUUGUGUGUUAAUUUAAAAAUGUCUGUUCCAGUCCAAGCACUGCACUGCUGUUGGAAGUUGCUUUUUUCCACUUCAGGGUAUUUUUUAACUGUACAGUAGCAAUAAAAGAACAAACUUGGUA